CUAAACAUUGCCAAUCCAGCCACAGGCUGCCAGAAGUUGAUAGACUUCGACGAUGAGCGGAAGCUUCGUGUCUUCUAUGACAAACGAAUCAGUAUGGAUGUUCCCGGCGAUUCUCUUGGAGAUGAAUUCAAGGGAUAUACUUUUCGCAUUUCCGGCGGAAAUGAUAAGCAAGGUUUUCCCAUGAAACAAGGUGUUCUACGCAAUGAUCGUGUUCGGCUUUUAUUGUCAAAGGGACACUCUUGUUACAGGCCUCGUCGUACGGGUGAACGUAAAAGAAAAUCGGUACGCGGUUGCAUUGUGGGAAGCGAUCUUGCUGUAUUGUCUUUAGUCCUAGUUAAAAAGGGUGAACAGGAUAUUCCCGGGUUGACGGACAAUGCAGUUCCCAAGCGGCUAGGGCCCAAAAGAGCGUCAAAAAUUCGCGAAUUCUUUAAUUUGACAAAGGAAGAUGACGUCCGUAAAUUUGUCAUUCGCCGUGAAGUGACACCGAAAAAAGAAGGCAAAAAGCCAUACACAAAAGCACCUAAAAUUCAACGUCUU